GGCGGCCGAGGCGCUGGAGCCGCGCCAGACGCGGGGUCCGCGGCGCGCGGUCCUUCUCCGCCGGAUGGCCCGGGGCGGGGCGGCCUCGUCCCCGUCCCCAGCCGGGUCCCUAGUCCCAUCCCCCUCCCAGCCCUCGGCUCUCCCAGAUCCUUCCCCCGCGCCCUUCUUUCCUUCCCGCUUUCCCCGGGAGAAACAUGGCCGGGAGCAGCGAGGAGGCGCCAGACUACGGGCGAGGCGUCGUGAUUACGGAUGACUGGCCAGGAUAUGACUUGAAUUUAUUCACGUAUCCACAGCACUAUUAUGGAGAUUUGGAGUAUGUCCUCAUACCUCAUGGCAUCGUUGUGGACAGAACUGAGCGGCUGGCUAAGGAUAUUAUGAAAGACAUAGGAAACUGUGACAUUAUGGUCCUGUGUGUGCUUAAAGGAGGUUACAAGUUCUGCGCGGAUCUUGUAGAACAUCUUAAGAACAUCAGUAGAAAUUCGGAUCAAUUUGUCUCUAUGAAGGUUGAUUUCAUCAGACUGAAAAGUUACAAGAACGACCAGUCCAUGGGCGAGAUGCAGAUAAUUGGAGGCAAUGAUCUUUCAACACUGGCUGGAAAGAAUGUCCUCAUUGUUGAGGAUGUUGUUGGAACGGGGAGGACCAUGAAGGCGCUGCUCAGUAGCAUAGAGAAAUACAAGCCCAACAUGAUUAAAGUAGCCAGUUUGUUGGUGAAGAGAAGACCUAGAAGUGAUGGCUUUAGACCUGACUAUGUUGGAUUUGAGAUUCCAGAUCUGUUUGUGGUGGGUUAUGCCUUAGAUUACAAUGAAUACUUCAGAGAUCUGAAUCACAUAUGUGUGAUCAAUGAACACGGCAAAGAAAAGUAUCGAGUCUAAAGAAGUAAAUUCUCACCGUCGAAUCUCCGGAUAACAUCAUACUUACGGACUACAGUCAGAAAGCCAGCAUGUGAAGUUUGUCUCCCCAGGCACCUUCACUCAGCAGGAUAUACAAAAAAAAAAAAAAAAAGAUGUUUUAAUGAGAGAGCUUUCUUUUCAGAGGUAUAACACAGAGUACCAAAGGUUCUUAAGAAAAAAAAAGCAAUGCUUUUAUCUGACUUGUUCUAAAUUAAAUAUUCCGUGCUGUGACUCAUGAGUUCUAUCUACCUUCACACUCCUGAACUUUCCCUUUUUUUUUUUUUAUUUCAAUGCAGUCAUUAUGCUUGAUUACUAUACCCCCACCUAGUGACUCAAAUAUUUUUCACCUAAUUCUUUUUCAAUAUUCCAUUUUGGUAAUGUUUUGCAAUCUGAAAACUGAAAACCUUUUAAGUUAAGCUCUGAACCCAUAUACUGGGAAUGCAACUAGAUUCCCAUCCUUUAAAAAGGAGGGAAAGGACAAUUUAAUAUAAAUUUGUUUGUGCAUUUCUGGCAGGCCAUUACUAUUUGCUUUGACAAACCCUUUUUGAACUGUAGCGUAUAAUGAAUCUUAAUGAUGUUAUGACAUGAGCCUUUGCUCAGUGCUCUUGAUCGGAGCUUCCGGUAUGUGAUAACGGUAUGUCAUGUAUGCAUGGAUGUACUCAACUGUGUUUAAUACUCUGAAUUUUAAUUAGAAAAAAUACAAUGACAGCAAG